GCUGGAAGAGUCUCAGAGAAAGUGCCCGCCAUGCUGGUAUAAAUUUGCCAAUACUUUCCUCAUCUGGGAGUGUCACCCCUACUGGAUAAAACUGAAAGAGAUUGUGAACUUGAUCGUUAUGGAUCCUUUUGUGGACUUGGCCAUCACCAUCUGCAUUGUCCUCAAUACCCUGUUUAUGGCCAUGGAGCACCAUCCCAUGACACCACAGUUUGAACACGUCUUGGCUGUAGGAAAUCUGGUUUUCACUGGAAUUUUCACAGCGGAAAUGUUCCUGAAGCUCAUAGCCAUGGAUCCCUACUAUUAUUUCCAAGAAGGUUGGAACAUUUUUGACGGAUUUAUUGUCUCCCUCAGUUUAAUGGAACUGGGUCUAGCAGACGUGGAGGGGCUUUCGGUGCUGCGAUCUUUCCGAUUGCUCCGAGUCUUCAAAUUGGCCAAAUCCUGGCCCACCCUGAACAUGCUGAUCAAGAUUAUUGGAAAUUCAGUGGGUGCCCUGGGCAACCUGACCCUGGUGCUGGCCAUUAUUGUCUUUAUCUUUGCCGUGGUAGGAAUGCAACUCUUUGGAAAGAGCUACAAAGAGUGUGUCUGCAAGAUCAACCAGGACUGUGAACUCCCUCGCUGGCACAUGAAUGACUUUUUCCAUUCCUUCCUCAUUGUCUUUCGAGUGUUGUGCGGGGAGUGGAUCGAGACCAUGUGGGACUGCAUGGAAGUGGCAGGCCAGGCCAUGUGCCUCAUUGUCUUCAUGAUGGUCAUGGUUAUUGGCAACUUGGUGGUGCUGAACCUGUUUCUGGCCUUGCUUCUGAGCUCCUUCAGUGCAGACAACCUGGCCGCCACAGACGACGAUGGGGAAAUGAACAACCUACAAAUCUCAGUCAUCCGGAUCAAGAAGGGGGUGGCUUGGGCCAAACUGAAAGUGCAUGCCUUCAUGCAGGCCCACUUCAAGCAGCGUGAGGCCGACGAGGUGAAGCCUCUGGACGAGCUGUAUGAAAAGAAGGCCAACUGCAUCGCCAACCACACUGGGGCAGACAUCCACCGGAACGGUGACUUCCAGAAGAACGGCAAUGGCACAACCAGCGGCAUUGGCAGCAGUGUGGAGAAGUAUAUCAUUGAUGAGGACCACAUGUCCUUCAUCAACAACCCCAACUUGACUGUGCGGGUGCCCAUUGCUGUCGGAGAGUCUGAUUUUGAGAACCUCAACACAGAGGAUGUUAGCAGCGAGUCGGAUCCUGAAGGCAGCAAAGAUAAACUGGAUGAUACUAGCUCCUCUGAAGGAAGCACCAUCGAUAUCAAACCCGAAGUAGAGGAAGUCCCUGUGGAACAGCCAGAGGAGUACUUGGAUCCAGAUGCCUGCUUCACAGAAGGUUGUGUCCAGCGAUUCAAGUGCUGCCAGGUCAACAUCGAAGAAGGGCUAGGCAAGUCCUGGUGGAUCCUGAGGAAAACCUGCUUCCUCAUCGUGGAGCACAAUUGGUUUGAGACCUUCAUCAUUUUCAUGAUUCUGCUCAGCAGUGGCGCCCUGGCCUUCGAGGACAUCUACAUCGAGCAGAGAAAGACCAUCCGUACCAUCCUGGAAUACGCUGACAAAGUCUUCACCUACAUCUUCAUCCUGGAGAUGCUGCUCAAGUGGACAGCCUACGGCUUCGUCAAGUUCUUCACCAAUGCCUGGUGCUGGCUGGACUUCCUCAUUGUGGCUGUACGUGCUGGGAACAAGAAGGUUCUUGGCCCACACCAGCAGGCUGUCCUCUUCCUGGUGCCAGGAGAGGGAGAAGCGGCACAGGGGGCUGGCCAGGGUUACAGAAAAGAAAGGCGAUGGCAACUUCGACGGUCCGCUCGGAGAGGCUCUCAUGAACGCUCUUGUGUCUUUCCUCCCCCUCCCACCCCCCAGAACAAAAUCCAAGGUAUCAUCUUUGAUUUUGUCACUCAACAAGCCUUUGAUAUCGUUAUCAUGAUGCUCAUCUGCCUUAACAUGGUGACAAUGAUGGUAGAGACAGAUACGCAGAGCAAGCAGAUGGAAAACAUUCUCUACUGGAUUAACCUGGUCUUCGUGAUCUUUUUCACCUGUGAGUGUGUGCUCAAAAUGUUUGCCUUGAGGCACUACUACUUCACCAUUGGCUGGAACAUCUUUGACUUCGUGGUAGUCAUCCUGUCCAUUGUGGGAAUGUUCCUGGCUGAUAUAAUUGAGAAAUACUUUGUUUCCCCAACCCUAUUCCGAGUCAUCCGAUUGGCCCGUAUUGGGCGCAUCUUGCGUCUGAUCAAAGGUGCCAAAGGGAUUCGUACCCUGCUCUUUGCCUUAAUGAUGUCCUUGCCUGCUCUGUUCAACAUUGGCCUUCUGCUCUUCCUGGUCAUGUUCAUCUUCUCCAUCUUUGGGAUGUCCAAUUUUGCAUAUGUGAAGCACGAGGCUGGCAUUGAUGACAUGUUCAACUUUGAGACCUUUGGCAACAGCAUGAUCUGCCUGUUUCAGAUCACAACCUCGGCUGGUUGGGAUGGCCUGCUGCUGCCCAUCCUAAACCGCCCCCCUGACUGCAGUCUGGAUAAGGAACACCCAGGGAGUGGCUUCAAGGGAGACUGCGGGAACCCCUCAGUGGGCAUCUUCUUCUUUGUAAGCUACAUCAUCAUCUCCUUCCUAAUCGUUGUGAACAUGUACAUCGCCAUCAUCUUGGAGAACUUCAGUGUAGCCACGGAGGAAAGUGCCGACCCUCUGAGCGAGGACGACUUUGAGACCUUCUAUGAGAUCUGGGAGAAGUUUGACCCCGAUGCCACCCAGUUCAUCGAGUACUGUAAGCUGGCAGACUUUGCGGAUGCCUUGGAGCACCCUCUCCGAGUGCCCAAGCCCAACACCAUCGAGCUCAUUGCCAUGGACCUGCCCAUGGUCAGCGGGGAUCGCAUCCACUGCUUGGACAUCCUUUUUGCCUUCACCAAGCGGGUCCUGGGAGAUAGCGGGGAGUUGGACAUCCUCCGGCAGCAGAUGGAGGAGCGGUUCGUGGCAUCCAAUCCUUCCAAAGUGUCUUACGAGCCAAUCACGACCACACUGCGGCGCAAGCAGGAGGAGGUGUCGGCGGUGGUCCUGCAGCGCGCCUACCGGGGACAUUUAGCAAGGCGGGGCUUCAUUUGCAAAAAGACCACUUCCAAUAAGCUGGAGAACGGAGGCACGCACCGGGAGAAAAGAGAGAGCACCCCGUCUACAGCCUCCCUCCCGUCCUAUGACAGUGUAACUAAACCUGAGAAGGAGAAACAGCAACGGGCAGAGGAAGGAAGAAGGGAAAGGGCCAAAAGACAAAAGGAGGUCAGAGAAUCCAAGUGUUAGAGGAAAGCAAAAAUUAAAUAUUGUACAGAUGUAAAACUUGCAAGUGAAAGAUUGUUUACAAACUUCCUGAAUAUUAUCAAUGCAGAACAGCUGUGGAGACACUUUAACCUGAAGAUCUAUACCAAACGUAGUCUGCUUACCAUGUAACACGGUUGCAUCUUGAGCAGUGACCUGCCAAGGGCCAAGGACCCUGCUCCCUGGACUCACAGAUUUUCUAAUGCUUGGGCAGGUGGUUACUGCAUGUUCCACAUCAGUCAAUGCAACUUAGGACAAAACCAACAGGAUACAAAAACCAGAGGAGAGGCUGCCGGGACCAGCAUAUUUCCGUUGCAGCCAAAUGGAUUUUAUUUUUUCAUUUUGGUAAUUCUCAGAAGCAGAAAGCAUCACUUUAAAAGUUUGUUUGUUCAUGCAAACUAUAUUUGCAUUCUUACAUUAGUUAAGCUAAGCAGCAAAAAGAAAACACACACACACACACACACACACACACACUCUCACAUCUAGCCCAUGUCAUUCAAUUGUCAGUUUCUUUGACAUAAACCGCAUCUUCUCCACAUGGGCUUCACGUGGUUUGGAGAUGGGUGGGGGAAACAAUCAGGUUUCUUCAGGCUGAGGAGGACUUGCUCAGGCCGAUUCCAAACAUUGUGCUCGUUCAAUGCGUAGAAAUGAUUUGCAUGAUGGCAUGCCGUGAUCAGAAGUCAUGCAUGAGAACCAUACACCACAGGACACUACUAAUCCUGUCCCCUGCACUGGGUCAGCCUUCGGACAGGACCCAGCCCUGCACCGUUCACUGUAUUUGGAGAAAAAAAUGGUAAGAGUUCCAUACCCGCUGCAAUUCCUUAUGAAUUCUUAGAAGUCUUUCAUACACCCUCUGGGUAGGGAAACAUAACCAACCAAUUGACCACCACCACCACCAACAAAACAAACCCAGCCCAACAAGCAGAUGGAUCCGUUGUGUGUAUAUGUUUAACAGACAUCUCUAACAUACAGCCGUUGUUGCACAUUUUGAAAGAUGAACUACUUAAUGCUGCUCUGUGUCCCUUCCAUGGGGAAACUUUGAUCUCGAAUGGCUUGUACUAAUAAUGUCACUGUAAAACCAAAUCCUAGGGCUAAAAACAAAAAAUCAAAAAAAAGAAAAGUUCAUUUGUAUUGCAAUAUUCAUGAUGAUUGUUUAGCCUUCAUACUGGAGAACUGACACUUAUUUGGGGCAGAGAUAAAAGUGCUGUUCAAAGUGGCACGUUAUCUCUAGGGGGCAAUUUGGGGAACUGAAAGCAAACUUUCAGUUGGUCAGGGGGUUGGGGUGCUCACUUCAUUCAGCGUCCUGUCCUUCUGCACCGUGGCUUUCUCCGGGCUCAGGUCCCGCUGGAGAGGGGUGCAGAUCUUCCCAGCGGGCCUCUCCCCUCUACAGAGGGGUUGUGGCAAGCUCACGCACUGCAUGAUUCCUCUUUGCCUCCAUCUCAUUUUCCCACCAAGCGGGGCUUCCCUCACCUACAGAGCUGGGUGAGGGCAGCAGCACUGGGGGCUUUGGCGGUGCUUUCUUUCGUGUGUUAGAGAACAGGUCGUCACUGCUGGGCCCCGAGCUAGAGAUGGAGCCGCCUCGAACCAAGCCCACUUGGUUUCUUUAUUGCGCUGAUUCUCACGAGAAAGCGAUUUCCUCUGAAUUCUUAACACGUCCCAGCUUCUCCCCACGCAGUUCCCUCUCAGCCAGUCGUGCUGCUUAGCGGCCUGCCCGUUGUCCUUGGAGGGUGGCUUUGCGGGGAGCACCGUGUCUGCCGUCCCAUCUCCCGCUCUAGGGAAGACCGUUUUUAGCCCAGGGGUUUCUCAUUGGAUGACUAGAGCUCAAAGCCAAGACGCUGCAGUUGAAUGUGUCAGGAGGUCUAUACAAAGAAUGAGGAGAGACUUGAGCGUGCGAACCAAAUCAAAACAAAUUCUUCCUGAACCAUAAAACCGAGGGGGACUAAAAGCACCCCAUAAUCAGACACACCAACCUGCCUUGCAAUAGAAGCACUUUGGUGUAAUCGUACCAUCCACCUGACUAGUUUUGCGUAGAACAAACCACGGCAAGGCAGUAAACAGAGCUUUCUAUCUUGUCGGACCUUUAGAAACUCUGCCCAGCUCUCGUCAGCCUGCUUCUGCGGCCUCCUCCGUAGAACUUUUGUACUACACCCGACACCAGGUUGGAAAAGCAUUUCUCUCAGUGACCCUGCUAACUGCUAGGACGAAUGUAUAGUAACAUGUACAGGCUACAUCGUAAACAGCACAAAACAGAAGCUGACAUGUGUGGCUAUUCUUUUUAAAAGAAUUAUAAAUACUGUAAUAUAUCAUUUUAUUUUAUUGGCAUGCCUUUUUGUAAAUACAAAUUAUUAACUUAUUAAAUAGGAAAUGGCUUCUGGCUUAUGCCAUUGUCAUGUUUAUUUUUAUUUUUUAUACUUUUCUUUCUUCUUAGAACUUAGAUGCUGUCAGCCAAUGUACAUCCCCAAACCAGACAGACAGACAAAAAAUUUUUUAUUGCUAAUGGUCUUUUCCAAAACAACAAAAAAAUAUAUAUUUUUGUUCCAAUGUGCAAUAAAUUCUAACCACUUCUAUGCAAGAUUUGGCUAAACUUCAUAAUUGUUCUUAGGUCUUGAGAUGGGCAACAGAGCUAUAAGAUCCCGCUCGGUACCCCCCAAGUGCUCAUGCUAGUGAUGUCAUUAAGCUACUAGAGCAUAUUAAUGAGAUUUUUCUAAGAUCUGACCUUUUCCCUCCCAUCCCCCCGGACCCCCAGCAGCUAUCUCCUCAGUAACACACACAUGGGCCUUGGUAUCUGACCCCCAUCAGCCAGCUUCAUAGGGAAGAAGCCACUCCCACUCUAUUUGAUGUUUCAACUUUUUUUUUUUUUUUAACUUUUCCUACCUUCUUUUCCCCUCACCCACCGUCCCUCCACCCACUCGCUCGCGCACUCUCUCACUCACCCGCCCUGCUCCACACUUCUUUGGUAGUAAAUGACACCAUCACCAGCAGUUUACACCGGCAGUUAACAGGCAUUGAACUGAACGACUCAGUGAGGACGUUCUUGUACACCUUCACUGAGUGGGUAAGCGGCAAGGCUUUGCCAAAUAUUAACGAAGCCAACAGCAACCACAGUAUCACUGCACAUAUAUAUAUAUAGAGAUCUAUAAAUAUAAUAUAAAUAUUUAUUUUUUGUAGCCAGGUCCUUGGUGCAGUAUUUAUACUCCACAAUCCACCUUUAAAAAAGGACAAAAAAGCAAAAAGACAUGUGUGAUGCUGUUAAUUUAAAAUGCAGAGCCAAAGCCACGGAGCGGCCGCUGACACGGUUGCUGGUUUGUGUGUGAAAAACACUUUCCCCUCUUCUUUCCUUAACCUCCUUGUUGCUUCGGCUGAGGAGACUCCAUAAUUUAAAGCAGAGGGUGAGAGCAGCAAAAACGUCCCGAGGCAACAGGACCUACUCCCACUCGCUCUAAAUGAGCCACUUUUGGCGCCAGAAGUUGACUGGGGAGAAAUAAACAGAAGCCCCCAGUCAGAGCCCCUGGAACGACAGUGCCCAAAGUUCUUUUCUUUUCCGCCGCAACCAAUGUAAACUUGUAAAAGACCACUAGUGAAGAUUAGUGUGUUAGUGAAUGCAUGGAGGCCAACACUGCUCUAAAUGAGACAUCAUUUAAAAAAAAAAAAAAAAGUGCAUCACUACUAUAAGCCAAAAGGAAACAAAAUAAAAAUGACCCUUUUUACUGUACAAGGGAAGCCUGUCUUGGUGUCCGUUUGUUGCUUGACUAUCCCAAUUCUUGAGUCCUGGGAGGGGUCUGGGAAUCGGGACCUUAGCACAUUUGGGAAAAGGCGGGGAACAGAAGGGAGAGAGAUCAGGGUCUCUCGCAAAGUUCUAGCUGAGAAGUAGAGAUUGGAGAGCAAAGCAAGGUCCCGCCCACUACCACCUCCCCCCUACCCAGAUCCCCCCCACUCACCCAUUGCAUGUGGCGUUCUUCCCCCUUCCGGGCCAGUGCUUCCAGGCCCAUGAAACCCCUUCUUCACCAGUCCGCCUGGCAGAGCCCCCAGAGAUGAUAUCAGCCAACCCAGCCGGGCUGGCUUCACUUCUGCCUUUUUCACCAGUAUGUUCAAACAAACAAACAAACUAUCCUAAUGCCCCAAAGCUCGGGCGAGCACGAUGCCCAGCAGUCUCCACUCUGCUAGCUAAUGCUGGGCUCUGCCCUCCAUCACCCCAACACAUACACCAGCAGACUACGGCUGGUCUCGUUCACAUUCGUGCAGGGGAGAGGGGCACCGCUCCCCUCCCUCACCCUGCCCUGCUUUGGGGACAUCCCUCUCUAGGCCAUGUCUCCCCGUCCAGGAACACUCUCAGGAGGAUUAUGAAGUGCCCACUCUGGUCCGCUCCAGUAGCUCCACUCUGGAGAGAGAUGGCUGGUAGGUCAGUCCCCAUCCUCCUCCCCUCGGCCCCAGCCUCCAGGCCUGCUGUGGAGGUGAGUUGCCAUGGGUUAUGACUUUGCGACUUGAGUCCUGGGCAUCUUCUGUAAUGAUGCCUCUUUCUUUUCUCAGAUGUUGCCCAAAGUUUUGCAAAAAGCUUCGUUCAUUUUCAGGUACCCCCACCCCCUAAAGAAUCGGCUGCAACUAGCCAGCCAGGGGGACAUCAGGAGAGAAGAGGAAGUCUGGGUCGGGGGGGGGGUCCAAGGUGUGCACAGGGUCUGUGCUGUGGCUCAGCUCUGUGCUUUCUUGGAUUCCCUUUCCAAGAUUACCAAGAUUUCCUCCACAAAAGUGCUCCUGAGGCACCCCCUGCCCCUGCUCCCCACUGCUGUUUGCUGUACAUAGAGGCUAAGUGGGGUGGGGUGGGCGGGUGUGCACGUGUGGUGUGUGUGUGUGAAGAAUGUAUAUAGGUAAAGGGGAGCGUGGUCCAGUGGUUCCAGAAAAGGGACAGAACUCCUGUGUUCCAUCCCCAGCUCAACCACUGGCUCGCUGUGUGGCCUUGGGCAAGUCACUUAACCUCUCUGUGCCUCAGUUUCCUCAUCUGUAAAAUGGGGAUAAUAAUACUGACCUACCUCACAGGGGUGUUGUGAGGCUUUAACUAAAUGUUUUGUAAAGUGUUUUGAGAUACAGAGGCAAAGGCACUAGGGAAGGGCAAAGUAUUAUUUGGACUUAAGGAAGACGAAAUGGUACCAUAAAUGCUGCUAUUCUGAGAGCCAUUUUAAACUGCACUGCUCCAACCACCCCCGCUUCUCAUCACCAGGACAGCAGGUCGAGAAAAUGUCUUUCCUUUCACUUGCUUCUGGGGUUUGUGAUUAUUCUAGACACUUAAUUUUUUUCCCUUGCUGUAUCUCCUCCUUCCCUCACCCCCUCGACUUGUUCCCUGUUCCGUUUACGCGGAAAUGGCAGAAAUGCUUGAGAAAAUGAGAAUGCAUAAGUGGAUUGGAAGUUUAUAGUCUGAAAUUUCAAUUUUACUUUGUACUGUACAUCUUUUUACUUUAGAAUUUGCAAUAAAGGGUUACGUCAAUCUUGUUUUCAACUCUC